AGGAGUGCCUUUGGCCCGGGCUGGUCCCCUCCUUCGCCAGGAAGCGCUUCUUGCAUCAGUGCGCCCGGGCUGCCUCGCCAGCGCCUUCCUCCGCCUCCAAAAGAGAGAGAGAGAGAGAGAGAGAGAGAGAUCGGGAGCUGCGCCCUUGGAGAAGCAGGAGGAGAGGAAGGAGAAGAGCAUGGGCUCCGUGGCUGGAUGAUCGCGCCUGGGCUCUGCAGCCCGACCCACGCCCUGGCCAUGGCUGCUGCCGCGGCGGCCACCUCCAGGGCGGACCUCUACAGCCAAGUCACCCCGCGGAGGACCAGGCAGCUCCGGCCGGGCACCAUCAAGCACGGCUCCGCGCUGGACAUCCUCCUCUCCAUGGGCUUCCCCAAAACACGAGCGCAGAAAGCCCUGGCGUCAACCGGAGGUCGAAGUGUCCAAGCGGCAUGUGACUGGCUGUUUUCCCACGUCUGUGACCCUUUCCUGGAUGACCCUCUUCCUCGGGAGUACGUCCUCUACCUGCGCCCCACGGGCCCCUUGGCACAGAAGCUCUCCGACUUCUGGCAGCACUCCAAGCAGCUGUGCGGGAAGAACAAAGCACACAACAUCUUCCCCCACAUCACACUCUGCCAGUUCUUCAUGUGUGAAGACAGCAAAGUCGACACCCUUUGCGAAGCUCUGCACACCACCGUGACCCGGUGGAGGUGCAAGUUGCCCGCCCCGUUGCCCUUGGAGCUCUACACAUCUUCCAACUUCAUCGGGCUCUUCGUCAAGGAGGAGAGCGCAGAAAUCCUCAAAAAGUUUGCAGCAGACUUUGCUACAGAAGCCUCUUCCAAAGCUGAUGUCCACGUCGAACCCCAUAAGAAGCAGCUCCACGUGACGCUGGCUUACCACUUCCAAGCGAGCCACUUGCCCACCCUCGAGAAGCUCGCUCAGAGCAUAGAUGUCAAGCUGGGUUGUGACUGGGUGGCGACAAUAUUCUCCCGCGAUAUUCGAUUUGCUAACCACGAGACCCUGCAGGUGAUCUACCCAUAUGUACCACAGAACGAUGACGAGCUGGAGCUUGUGCCUGGGGACUUCAUCUUCAUGUCUCCCGUGGAGCAAAUCACCACCAGCGAAGGCUGGAUUUAUGGGACCUCCUUUGCAACGGGAUGCUCAGGAUUGCUACCUGAAAACUACAUCACCAAAGCGGACGAGUGCGGCACUUGGGUGUUCCACGGGUCAUACUCGAUUCUGAACCCCUCGUCUUCCUCUUCCCUUCUGAUGUUCACCGACGGGGUGAUGGAUCGAAGGCUACAAGAAGAUCAGGGACCAGGAGAUACUGGACCACUAACUAUUUUUUGUCAGAAUAUGCAGCCUUUAAGGAUUACUAACCCACCGGGGCCUCAGAAAAGAUGCCUUUUCGUUUGCCGCCACGGAGAACGGAUGGACGUCGUGUUUGGAAAAUACUGGCUCUCACAGUGUUUUGAUGCCAAAGGACGGUAUGUGCGCACAAACUUGAACAUGCCCCACAGCCUACCUCAACGAAGUGGCGGAUUCAGGGAUUACGAAAAGGAUGCCCCCAUCACCGUGUUUGGAUGCACGCAAGCAAGGCUGGUCGGUGAGGCUCUUCUGGAAAGCAACACCAUCAUCCACCACAUCUAUUGCUCCCCGUCGCUACGCUGCGUACAGACGGCACACUAUAUUUUGAAAGGUUUGCAGCAAGAGAACAGCCUGAAGAUUCGAGUUGAGCCGGGUUUAUUUGAGUGGACAAAAUGGGUCUCUGGGAGUUCCCUGCCCGCUUGGAUCCCUCCUAUGGAUUUAGCUGCGGCCAAUUUGAGUGUUGACACAACAUAUAGACCUCAUAUACCUGUAAGCAAGUUAGGUAUUUCGGAGCCGUAUGACACGUACAUCAGCAGAAGCUAUCAAGUAACGAAAGAGAUCCUCAGCGAAUGUAAAGCCAAAGGGGCGAAUGUUUUGAUAGUGGCUCAUGCUUCAUCGCUGGAGGCCUGUACCUGCCAGCUCCAAGGACUGUCGCCCCAAAACGCCAAGGACUUUGUACAGAUGGUCAGAAAGAUUCCAUAUUUGGGCUUUUGUUGCUGUGAAGAACUUGGCGACACGGGUUUGUGGCAACUGACGGACCCCCCGAUCCUUCCGCUUACUCACGGACCAACCGGCGGCUUUAACUGGAGAGAAACUUUACUGCAGGAAUAAGAUGGAAAGACACGACUGUAGUGCAAGAUUGGAACGUCUUCGUCUUCUUUUUUAAAUUACUGACAGAGGAGGACAUUAUUCAUAACCCUCUCGAUGGAUUUAAAAAAUAACCCUCUAGCAUAUCUUCCACAGAGUGGUGUUUGUGCGUCUAGGAAAAAAAAAUAGGUCAGUGUAGACGCAUGCUUGGAUCGUGGACAAAUAUUCAUGUGCUCCAAACACCCUCUCACUCGGUCUCUAGGCUUCUGUCCAGCAGAAAUGUCUUUGUGACGUAAGCUACUGAGCUUUAAUAUAUGAUUUUUUAACAAACACACACACACAAAACACCUUGAAUGAAGCUCCAAGGAGGAAAACCAGUCUUCACUGCCUUCUGCGUAACGUUAGUCACAAUUAGGAUGCGCUCUAAAUUGUGGAAUUGUGUUGUUCGUUGGUCUCUUAUUUUUAAUGGAAUUGAACUGUGCCAUUUUGUUCUGUGGCAUUUUGGGUAGCGCAGACACAAAUGGCCCAACGUCAUCUUUAGCUACAUUAUUAUACCUCCGUUCUGCAAGAUCCCGCUCUGCCUCCCAGAUAUCGUGGCGGAAAAUAGGGCCGUGUUCUUGUCGAGCCUAGCGUAGGAUCACGUGCCACGUUUAUUUCCAUUUGAAGUGUGUGAUAUAUAUAUAUUUAAACGACAAAAGGGAGGUCUUGGUGGGAACCAAAUUUAGAACUGAAGGGCUGGUUCCCACGUCAUUUCAACUUCUCCGCACUUGAUGACCUUCAACCAUGUUAGCAAAACACUGUGUUUCUGAAGGCACAUGGAGUUGCCGAGUGUGGUCUUGGGUCUAUAUUGCCACAUUCACCCUCACCAUGAAUGAGCAUGCUCACAAGUGUCCCACGAUAACCAAAAUGGUGAUGUUGAUGGGCUUCAUGGUUUCGGUCCUGGGCAACUACUCAAUCCUAUGAACCACUGGUGCCAGCUAUGUUCACCACUUCUUUUCGUGUUUCUGUUUUCCUUUCCAAGAUGUGCAGCACCAUGGACUAGGACUGUUAAGGAGCCAUGUUUACUCUUAGCAGGUGUUUCUUUUCUUAAAGAUCAGAGCAACAGAGUCAGAUCAUCAUCAUCAUCAUAGGUGAUACCUUGUGGCCAGGUUUGAUUGUCUUCCAAGGAUAGAGUCUUGGUGGUGACUCCAUAAGUGACUUUGGAGACCUGUUCUGGAUCUGCAUGUUCUUUCAUAGUGAGAACACAUUUUCAGAUGGAAGGUGGUCCCAACAAGGGUUUGCUUGUUUCUCUCGGCACAUUUCUCCCUUUCAUCCUCUAUUUGUUCCUCUUCAAAAUCCAUCACAAUGUUGGUGACAGUUGACCUCCAUUUAGAACGCUCAAGGACCAGGGCUUUCCAGAUGUCAGUGUUUAUACCAAAUUGUUUUUGGUUAGUUUUAAGUUCAUCUUUAAGCUUGUUUUGUUGUUUGGUUGUUCCUCGCUUUCCUGUGGACCAGCAGCCAAUAGUUCAUGGACCAACACUGAUCCAUGUACUGCUGCCUUGAGUUGCACUAUAUCUAUGUGCACCAUGGACAUUCUCAGUUCUUCAUGUAAGGAAAAGCUCUUCAUGAUUAUUCGUCAGUACAGCCAGGAAAUCAGAAGAUGUUUCCUUCUUGGGAGGAGAGCAAUGACCAACCUCAAUAAAAUAGUGAAGAGUAGAGAGAUCACACUGGCAAUGAAAGUCCGCAUAGUUAAAACAAUGGUAUUCCCCUAUGGAUGCGAGAGCUGGACCAUAAGGAAGGCUGAGCGAAGGAAGAUAGACACUUUUGAACUGUGGUCUUGAAAGAAAAUGCUGAGAGUGCCUUGGACCACAAGAAGAUCCAACCAGUCCAUACUCCAGGAGAUAUUGGUCAACAUCUCUCUGGAGGGAAGGAUAUUGGAGGCAAAGAUGAAGUACUUUGGCCACAUCAUGAGAAGACAAGAAAGCUUGUAGAAGACAAUGAUGUUGGGCAAAGAUGGAUGGAUGUUAUCCUUGAUGUUGAAGGAGCUGAAGGUGUCGACGGCCAACAGGGAGCUCUGGCAUGGACUGGUCAAUGAGGUCACAAUGAGUCAGAAGUGACUGAAUGAAUAUACAACAACACAGCCUUGGAUGUUUUAUUCAGGUUACCAAAUCAUGGUUGUGUUUGACGAGCUUUAUCUUCAUUGUUCCUAAAGGGUCAUUGGAAAUAAUUUUUAAAAUUACAGCUCCCAGAAUCUACCCAUGUUAGCUGGGAGAUACUUGGAUCUACAAAAUGAAAGUUUCCAAUACAGUAGAGUCUCACUUAUCCAACAUAAACGGGCCGGCAGAACGUUGAAUAAGCGAAUAUGUUGGAUAAUAAGGAGAGAUUAAGAAAAAGCCUAUUGAACAUCAAAAUAGGUUAUGAUUUUACAAAUUAAGCACCAAAACAUCAUGUUAUACAACAAAUUUGACAGAAAAAGUAGUUCAAUCCGCAGUAACGUUAUGUUGUAGUUACUGUAUUUACAAAUUUAGCACCAAAAUAUCACGAUAUAUUGAAAACAUUGACUACAAAAAUGCAUUGGAUAAUCCAGAAUGUUGGAUAAGCGAGUGCUGGAUAAGUGAGACUCUACUGUAACUGCAAUUGUCCACAUGAGAGAGAAUAAAUAUAUACAGAUCAUCAAAUCCAGUAUCAUAACCUAGUAUUCCUCCUGAGCAACUCUUAACAUUUUUCCCCAGUGCCAGACUAUUUUAAUUGUAAUUUCCCAUUGUGUCCAAUGCAUUCUGUGGAAGUCCAUGGCUUUCAAGUUGGAAGUGUAGUAAAUCUACUUUAGGUUUUUGCUUUUUUGUUUUUUCAGGCUUAGGAAAACCAGGAUCCCUGUUAAAUAGGAGUCCUGUUUACAUGAAUUAAAAUGGCCAUGAGUCCAUUGAGUUCAGGAUACGAAGGGAGGUUGAAGUGCAAAUAAAGUACUAUGCGUGCAUUUCUGGGACAUUGGUAUUAGAAGAAACUAUGUUUUUAUAUGAGAUCACCUGAAACUGGUGAAAGCAGCUUUGCAAUUUGUUGACCAAAGUAUUUGUUUGAGGUGCCACUAAUAUCUUUCCAUGUCUGCAUCAAAGCUUUUAUUAAUAUAGAGGGCUUGAGGAUUUGGCCUUUACCACUAACUUCAUGGUGCAAAUCCUUUCAUUUUGGAUGUAAGAGAAGUUCCUUUCUUACUCAGCUGAGCCUGGACUCAAAGCAUCUGGAGAUACUUUCCCAUGUCAUGCAACUAGGCCAAGGUGAAGACUUCCAGAAGAAAUUUCACAUCAAAACAUAGAUAAAAAUGAGAACACAACUAGGCAUUGCCUGAACAAAGCAUUGGUUCUCUUGGUCCUCAUUUACAAAUGGAAGAAAGUUGACUUAAGAUUUAGAGACAAUGUUUCCUAAGGAAUGAAAGUGUGUUAUCUUCUUCCAACCUUCUCCAAUCUAGCAACAUCCAGACACGAUGGGCUCCGGUUGCCAUGUCACACAUGACAUCAGAUUGGGAAGAUCUCCUAUGUUUGAAGGACCAAUAUGUGUGCAAUCCUUUUUCACAAAACAGCAAUUGCCUUUCUUCCCCAAGAUAUUCUCACCAUCGGUCCUUUCAUUUCGCUAUCCAUGUUUCAUGAUGAUUAUCCAUCCAUUGCUUUCAAAAACAAUGGAUGGAUAAUCAACAAGUUGUAGGAUUCAGAUAAAUGACAGGGCCAAUCCAAGCUUUGACCCCUGGCCAACUUGGAGAAAGCUUAAUUCAGUUCACAUUUCCAGCCUAUCUACAUUAUGCAGUUAUACAAGGGUUGAAUGAAAAGUAAUGCCUCCACCUUCGUAAAUUGUUCAGUAGACUCUCAUCUACAGUUAGUUCGAUUUGGUGGGAAGCUUUAGCAAUGAACGGUUGUGUUGUUAAAGUGCAAAUUAUGGAACCCUGCACAGAUGGUCGGUCAAUGCGACUUAAGCAACAUCAUUGAAUUUUUGACAGCAGAAUGUGUCACCCCAAAGGAGAAAGGCAUCACCUUCAUUCUCGUAAUGCGAGAGGAGUUCCUGACAAAUUUCAAGUCUGUGCAAUUUCAUUUCAGGUGUCAGCAUCCUGGGUGCCCAUUGUACACAGAUCUUCUGAUAGCCAAGCAAAGCAAUAAUGUGACCCACACAUUCUUGUGAAAUGCCGAUUAUGCUUGAAAUUUCUCUCUGAGUGAUAUGACGAUCGUCCUGAAUCCAUCUGUCAACCUUUUGCUUGUGAAACUCGUUGCUUGCUGUCACAGGACGUCUAACUCUUUGUCAUGCAAGUCAGAUGUUCCCACCUCAACAUCUUUAAACUUACUCGCCCAAUGACGCACAGGACUAACAUCAACACAAUCCCCAUAAACAGCUUGCAUUCUCUGAAUAAUCUCCUUUGGGGUGACACCUGCUGUCAAGAAUUCAAUGACUGCAUGUUGCUUAAGUUGCAUUGACCGACCGUCUGCACAGGGUUCCAUAUUUCGCACUUUAACAACACAACCGUUCAAUGCUGAGGCUUCCCUGUCUGUGCAAGGUUCCAUACUUCACACUUUAACAACACAACCGUUCAAUGCUAAGGCUUCCCUGUCUGUGCAGGGUUCCACACUUCGCUGUUUAACAACACAACCGUUCAAUGCUGAGGCUUCCCUGUCUGUGCAGGGUUCCAUACUUCGUACUUUAACAACACAACCGUUCAAUGCUGAGGCUUCCCUGUCUGUGCAAGCUUCCAUACUUCGCACUUUAACAACACAACCAUUCAAUGCUAAGGCUUCCCUGUCUGUGCAGGGUUCCAUACUUCGUACUUUAACAACACAACCGUUCAAUGCUAAGGCUUCCCUGUCUGUGCAGGGUUCCAUACUUUGCACUUUAACAACACAACCGUUCAAUGCUAAGGCUUCCCUGUCUGUGCAGGGUUCCAUACUUUGCACUUUAACAACACAACCAUUCAAUGCUAAGGCUUCCCACCAAAUGGAACUGUAGACUAGAGUCUACUGAACAAACCAGUACCUGCCACAUACCAGUUGAGAAGUUACGAAGGUGGAGGCAUUACUUUUCAUUCAACCCUCGUAGCACUAUGAUUCCAAUGUAACUGCCAUGGCAACAUCCUGUGGAAUCCUGGGAUUUGUAAUUUAGUAAGGGUUUAAAAAAAAUCGAAUGUAGCCCUAGCAGUUUACAAUGGAAACAUAACGCAAUUAUUGUAUAGUGUGAAUAGGCCUUUCUUCUUGUGUAUAAAAUGGAAUUACCUCUAAUAUGAAAUUUUCGAAGGAGCAUCCAAUAGGCACUGAACCGAAGCAGUCGACGGGAAAUUAUUACUUGUGUGCAAUAUGUAUAUUUCGUACUUAAAGCAUACUGCGUACAUUUGACCUGGAAAGGGCAGCAGGGCAUUUUUCCAAUGCAUUUCUUUUUAACCAGGGAUGUAUAGUGACAAAGUUAGGGAGAUAAAGCGAACGAUAGCAGGAAAGCCAACUGCGUUGUUUGUAUUUUGUUACUGCUGCUGGUAUUUUUGGAAUAUAUAUAUAUAUCCAUAUAGACACAAAGACACAUAGAGAGAGAGCUGUAAUUUAAACUAUUUUUGGCUAUGUACAGAAAUUCUGAAAAACGAGCGAGCGUAGCGUAUGUAUGCCUUCUCCAGGAUCUGCUUUUUUUGUGGAAAGACUUUUCAUGGACUUUGAGCCAAGAAUGACAAUCAAAACCAAAAUGUGGGUCGCUGGUGUAUAUUUAAUACGGGGAGGUGGCUUUUCGGUCGGGGAAAGGAGUGUUUUUGCACUAACCGUUUGCAAGUUAUUCGUACUUAAUGUACUGUACAGAGUUACGCCCGAGUCGCAAACAAAAUGUACCAAACGCUUCCAUUAACGAAACCAUUGUUCCUUGGGUCGUUCUCAUAUAAUUCCCUUAUUAACAAACUAGUUGGGUUACUUAGCUAUUUCCACUGAUAUUCUAUGAACAUUUAUUUGGGAGUAAAAUACCACUGAAUGUUUCUGAAAGUCUCAGAAAGCAUGAAAACAUUGAAGAACCCGUUUUAUUCAGGGAUGGAGAGAAAAGGUCCUUCAAUAAUGUCAUACAAAAAAAAACUAUUUUUGGAUGAUUUUGGGGAUUUUCCCCCCUAAAUGUUAACUUUCUCCAAAGAACAAAAAGAAGGAUUGUUCACAGUAUUUUUCGAGGAAAGUUUAGUUUCUUUUCUAAAGGAACCGGUGCUAAUAAAGCAACAUACCUUAAGUUCGACGCUUGGAAAAGUCAGUUUUUGAACUUUUUGGACAUGCUGGUUGGGGGAUUAUGGGGUGUAAACACUUUCCCAGGCUCUGUUCUAUUGUUGAAGAGAUUUGCAAGAAAAAGGGAGAAAAUGGUAUGCCUCUUUUAAAAGACUUUCGUUAGGAUCCGGCGCGGUUAUUAUUUCUCCCCAAAAAAGUUCGCGACUGAUUAUGUUUGGUUUCUGUUACUGCUCAUCUUCCACAAUGUGUCACUAGGGAAAAGAAUCACAUUGAUCUCAAUAAAAAGAAAGUGGUCAGAAUUUCUCACAAA